GGACGGGGACGGGGACAGGGGACAGAGCCGCGGAGCCGCCAGCCCGAGUGACAAAGCGGGGGCUGCACCGAGGGGUCCCCAACCUGCGUCCCCCCCUCCCCAGGAGCGGCGGGCAGCGAGGCCAUGGCGAUGCUGCUGGAGCCCGGGAUGCAGAGCCUGCGGAUGGGUGCCAACGGUGAGCGGUGCCCGACGCCGUCCCCGCCCGGCUCCCCGGGGACGCCCCACGACAGCUGCAGCAUCGCCCCCCUGACGCCCUCCCAGUCACCGCGGAGCGAGGCGCGCUCCCGGCAGAGCCCGUCCUUCUCCGUGGUGGUGGCCAUCGACUUCGGCACCACCUCCAGCGGUUACGCCUUCAGCUUCACCAGCGACCCCGAGGCCAUCCACAUGAUGAGGAAAUGGGAAGGGGGGGACCCGGGUGUGGCCAACCAGAAGACCCCCACCAGCCUCCUGCUGACCCCGGAGGGGACAUUCCACAGCUUCGGCUACACCGCCCGCGACUGCUACCACGACCUGGACCCCGAGGAGGCCCGCGAGUGGUUCUACUUCGAGAAGUUUAAGAUGAAGAUCCACAGCACCAGCGAUCUGACCAUGAAAACCGAGCUGGAAGCUGUCAAUGGGAAGAAGAUGCCGGCGCUGGAGGUGUUCGCCCACGCCCUGCGCUUCUUCAAGCAGCACGCGGUGCAGGAGCUGAAGGACCAGUGCCCGUCCCUGCCCGAGAGCGAUGCCAUCCGCUGGGUCCUCACCGUGCCGGCCAUCUGGAAGCAGCCGGCCAAGCAGUUCAUGCGGGAAGCGGCCUACAAGGCCGGGCUGGUGUCCCCGGAGACGCCGGAGCAGCUGCUGAUCGCGCUGGAGCCCGAGGCCGCCUCCAUCUACUGCCGCAAGCUGCGGCUGCACCAGCUGAUCGAGCUGAGCUGCCGCCCCCCGGCCGGCGGGGCCGAGCCCCCCCCGCCCAUCGACUCCAGCUUCCGGCAGGCCCGGGAGCAGCUCCGGCGAUCCCGGCACAGCCGAACCUUCCUGGUGGAGUCGGGAGUGGGCGAGCUCUGGUCGGAGAUGCAGGCAGGUGACAGGUACAUCGUGGCCGAUUGCGGCGGGGGGACGGUGGAUCUGACCGUGCACCAGAUCGAGAAGCCGCAGGGGACACUGAAGGAGCUCUACAAAGCCUCGGGAGGUCCCUACGGGGCCGUGGGCGUGGACCUGGCCUUCGAGAAACUCCUGUGCCACAUCUUCGGCGACGAUUUCAUCGCCACCUUCAAGGCCAAGCGUCCGGCGGCCUGGGUGGACCUGACCAUCGCCUUCGAGGCGCGGAAACGCGCGGCCGCCCCGAGCCGCUGCAGCCCCCUCAACAUCUCCCUGCCCUUCUCCUUCAUCGACUUCUACCGCAAACACCGCGGCCACAACGUGGAGACCGCGCUGCGCAAGAGCAAUGUCAACCUGGUGAAGUGGUCGUCCCAGGGGAUGCUGCGGAUGUCGCCCGAGGCCAUGAGCGAGCUGUUCCAGCCAACCAUCACCCACAUCAUCCAGCACAUCGACACCCUCCUGAAGAAACCCGAGGUGCAAGGCAUCAAGUUCCUGUUCCUGGUGGGCGGCUUCGCCGAGUCGGCCAUGCUGCAGCGGGCGGUGCAGGCCGCCUUCGGCCACUGCUGCCGGGUCAUCGUGCCGCAGGACGUGGGGCUGACCAUCCUCAAGGGCGCCGUGCUCUUCGGCCUGGACCCCGGCGUGGUGCGGGUGCGCCGCUCGCCCCUCACCUACGGCGUGGGGGUCCUCAACAAGUUCGUGGAGGGGAAGCACCCGCGGGAGAAGCUGCUGGUCAAGGAGGGCAAGAACUGGUGCACCGACAUCUUCGAGAAGUUCGUGACCGUGGACCAGUCGGUGGCGCUGGGCGAGGUGGUGCAGAGGAGCUACUGCCCGGCCAGGCCGGGCCAGCGCCGCACCAUCAUCAACAUCUACUGCUGCGACACCGAUGACGUGGUGUACAUCACCGACCCCGGCGUCAGGAAGUGCGGCACCAUCAGCCUGGAGCUGGGGGACGCGGGGGACGCGGGCCCGGCGCGGGGCCGGCGCGAGAUCCGCGCCAGCAUGCAGUUCGGGGACACCGAGAUCAAGGUGACCGCGCUGGACACGCGCACGGCGCGCAGCGUGAGGGCCACCAUCGACUUCCUGUCCAACUGAGGGGACGUGCCACCAUCGACUUCCUGUCCAACUGAGAGCAUCCAGGACGAGCCACCAUUGACUUCUGGUCCAACUGAGGGACCCUGGGAUGUGCCACCAUCGACUUCCUGUCCAACUGAGGGGACGUGCCACCAUCGACUUCCUGUCAAACUGAGAACUUCCUGGAGACUCCACCAUUGAAUUCAUCUCCAACUGACACCCCCGUCAUCAUGGGGACAGCCCCAGGAUGUGCCACCAUCGACUUCCUGUCCUACUGAGAGCAUCCAGGACGAGCCACCAUUGACUUCUGGUCCAACUGAGGGACCCUGGGAUGUGCCACCAUCGACUUCCUGUCCAACUGAGGGGACGUGCCACCAUUGACUUCCAGUCCAACUGAGACCUUCCUGGAGUCUCCACCAUUGAAUUCAUCUCCAACUGACACUCCUGUCAUCAUGGGGACAGCCCCAGGAUGUGCCACCAUCGACUUCCUGUCCAACUGAGACAUUCCUGGAGUUUCCACCAUUGAAUUCAUCUCCAACUGACACUCCUGUCAUCAUGGGGACAGCCCCAGGACUCGUCACAUUUGACUUCCUGUCAACUGAGAGUUUUGUCAUUGUGGGGACACCCCCAGGACCUGUCACCAUCGACUUCCUGUCCAACUGAGGGGAUGUGCCACCAUCAACUUCCUGUCCAAUUGAGACAACCCAGGAUGUGCCACCAUCAACUUCCUGUCCAACUAGGACCACUCAGGACAGUCACAAUUGACUUCCUAUCCAACUGAGAGGCCCUGGGAUGUGUCACCAUCAACUUCCUGUCUGAGAUCACCCAGGAUGUGCCACCAUCAACUUCCUGUCCAACUGAGAGUCUUUGUCAUUGUGGGGACUCCCCCAGGACCUGUCACCAUUGACUUCCUGUUCAACUGAGGCCUUGCUGAAGACUCCGCCGCCAUUGAAUUCAUCUGCAACGGACACUCCUGUCAUCAUGGGGACACCCUCAGGACGUGCCACCAUUGAAUUCCUGUCCACCUGAGGGACCCUUGUCACUGUGGGGACACCCCUGGCAGAUGUCACCAUCGACUUCCUGUCCAACUGACAGUCCCUGCCAUUGUGGGGACAACACCAGGACGUGCCACUAUCAACUUCCUGUCCGACUGAGAGUCCCUGUCACUGUGAGGACACCCCUGGGAGAUGCCACCAUCAACUUCCUGCCCGACUGAGCCCUUCCUGGAGAUGCCACCAUCGAAUUCCACACCAGCUGAGACCUCCUGUCAUUGUGGGGACCAUCCCAGGACCUGGCACCAUUGAUUCCCCCCCAGACUAAGACCCCACUCACUUAUCCUGGGGACCCCCCACCCUCUCCCAGCCUCCCUCUAACUGGAAUUUGCCCCAUGACCCCUCCCCAUUCCCCAUCCAGGACUAUUUGGGAUUACCCACCUGUCCCUCUGGGCAGGUUCAUGGAGGACAUUUGGGCUCCCAGCCCAUUCCCAGUGGGAUUUUCCUCCUUCCCAAGGUCGGAUUUUGUAUUUUAACCCCCAUCAGGCAUGUAAGAUAUCUUUAUAUUUAUAUAUAUAUAUAGAUAUAUAUAUAUAGGCACAUAAAAUCUCCUGAAACUGCUCCUGA